GGCAGAAAGAUGGUGACUGGAACAUGCAUCUGGUAUCUUCUGCAUGUAUGAUACCCUAUUUCUUCAGUGCUGGAAGACACAAGUAUGCACAGUUUAUGAUGAACUACAUAUACAUAGUUGACAUGCACAAAUUACCUGAUGAAAUCAAAUAAAUGUUCCGAGCUGGUCAUUUUACGGUUUUUGAAGCAGAGGGAAGGUUUAAUGGUAUCUGGGGAGAAAGGCAUGUUCCACUGGGAAAGUUCCGUAGAGUCUCCCGAUAGCAACCUGAUCGAAAUGAUGUGGGCCAAGAUGAAAGACAUCUCACAAUUUAGCUCCUUUGAUAAAGUGCUCCCAAGGAAAUAUUAUAAAUUUGAAAAUAUGUCCACUGGGUUAUCGAUCAACUCAAAAACAAAAGUAAACGCAAGAAAAAAAACAAAAACAAGACAGACACGAGGAGAGAAACAUCCUACAGAAGACGAGGCAACAUCUUACACAACCAGCUGCGAACCAGCGAGGAAUAAAAAUAGUAAAAAUGUCACGUUAUCUGUCUUCAAUGAAUGUGCACUCACCCUUUUAGAGAAAACAAUAACAAACGGACAUCCUACAGAAGACGAGGCAACAUCUUACACAACCAGCCUAAAACCAUUAGCCAGGGUGGCAGAAGAUGACAACAAUUCCAUACCACCCUUGCAAAGACAACUACCACUGUGCAUGGGCCAUGGCCAUGGCAUGGGAUCAAGGAAGAGGAAGGAAGACAAAGACAGGACAACAAAGGACUUAAAACGACCAAAUAGACUACAGAACUAG